AUGGGGCUCAUUUACAGAAUUAUGGAUAAAGUUAAAGAGAAAUUUGCCAGCAAUGAGGCCAGAGACAUAGAGCUUUGGAUGGUAGAGAACCACAACAUCUGUGAAGACGAGUUUUUGAACCUCGUUCUUGAUGAGAAUAAUGGCGUGAGAGAACUCAAAGAAGGGGAAUUUAACAAAUUCUGGACAGGUCAGCCUCUCGAAGGUCAUACUCAUGUUAUCAUAAAUUCACCAUAUCUGAAUACGAAGCAAGAAAUGCACGAAUUAAUAGAACAUCUGAGAAUACAGGUUCAAGCUUUAGAUCCUAUAAGUAUAUCUUUACAACAGCUAUUUGACAAACAACAUAUCAAACAGGGUGACAUAUUGUUUUACGAGAGAACUUACAAAGGCGUAAAAUUCGAACAUCAGUGGGAAGUUAAAAGUAUCUACGACAAGAAGAAACUCUUGGUCGUUCACACUCUUGCUAGCAACAAGGAGGCAAAAUAUAAUAAUCUAACUGAGUUUGAACUUAGGAUUAUCAAAAUUGAUCCUCGUUUUAAAAAUAUUAAACGGGCCACCGGUAGUGCAUAUGAUUACUUUUUCAGAUGUAAUGGUGAGAAUAAGCAAGCAUUUCUGAGUUAA